AUGCAAUCUGUUCCCAGAUCAUUACCAAAUAUUUUAGUUACAGGAACUCCUGGUGUGGGUAAGUCUACAAUAUGUAAAAUGUUAUCUGAGAGAACUAAGUUCACAUGGAGGGAAGUUUCAAAAUUAGCAGAAGAAUACAAUUGUUUAGAUGAAUAUGACCCAGAAUACCAAUGCCCGUUCUUAAAUGAAGAUAAGCUUUUAGAUGUAAUGGAAGGCAUGAUGUUAAAAGGAGGAAACAUUGUUGACUAUCAUGGCAGUGAAUUUUUUCCUGAACGAUGGUUUGAUGGUGUAUUUGUGAUCAGAACCACUAACACUACAUUAUAUGACAGACUUAAAGAAAGAGGUUAUUCAGGCAAGAAAUUGGAAGAUAACAUACAAUGUGAAAUAUUUGAGACACUAUUAGAGGAGGCUCAGUCAUCAUACAAGCCGGAAAUUGUGAAAGAACUACAAAACGACACACAAGAGCAACUUCUUACUAACAUAGACACUAUUGUGGAAUGGAUAGAAAGGUGGAAAGAAAGUAAUUUAUAA